GAGUACUUCACGUCAGUUCCCCUAUUGGCAGAGGAGGAAACAAACAUGGCGACAGAGUGCUGCACACCGGGACGGACUCUGGCUUUAUUCGUGUUUCUGUGGAUCUGUUCGGGCCGGGAGGCCGAAGCCGCCGCGUCACAACCGGCGGACGAAACCCGGAUACUCGGCAUGAGGCUGGAGAGGAGCGACAGGCCCGCCGAGACCACCGACACGGGGGACAUUCAGGUGACCGAGGGCAGCCAGAUCUCCCUCCGCUUCUACGGGCUCCACUUGUUGCCGAACAGCUCCGAGCUCAUUAAGUUCGGCGAACUGGACGAAGAGGACGAAAGUCCCGACACGGCCUCGGCGCCGUUCAAUAGGACUUGUCCCGAACACACGAAGGAUAUCAAGGUGAGCGGGCCCAUGCAGGUAAGCAGCCUGAACACGUCCGGGGUUCUGGCCGUCACAAUCAAGCAGCUCCGGAAGAGCGAGGCGGUGAAGAUGUUCGGCCUGUGCGUCCUGGACGCGCGGCAGCAGAGGUGGCUCCUGCUGGACCGGCAGGACGGGCGCCUGCGCGUGGUGGAGGAGGCCAAGUCCCUGCUGCCCAUCUGGCUGCAGGUCAUCCUCAUCUCCCUGCUGCUGGUGCUGUCCGGCAUGUUCAGCGGGCUGAACCUGGGCCUGAUGGCGCUGGACCCCAUGGAGCUGCGCAUCGUCCAGAGCUGCGGCACCGACAAGGAGAAGCGGUACGCGCGCAAGAUCGAGCCCAUCCGCAGCAAAGGCAACUACCUGCUGUGCUCGCUGCUGCUGGGGAACGUGCUGGUCAACACCACCCUCACCAUCCUCCUGGACGACCUGAUCGGCUCCGGCCUGGGCGCCGUGGUCGCCUCCACCGUCGGCAUCGUCAUCUUUGGGGAGAUCGUCCCCCAGGCGCUGUGCUCCCGCCACGGGCUGGCCGUGGGGGCCAACACCAUCAUGCUCACCAAGCUGUUCAUGCUGCUCACCUUCCCGCUGUCCUGGCCCAUCAGCAAGCUGCUGGACUGCGUCCUGGGCCAGGAGAUCGGAACCGUCUACAACCGGGAGAAGCUGGUGGGGAUGCUGAAGGUGACGGAGCCCUACAACGACCUGGUCAAGGAGGAGCUCAACAUGAUCCAGGGGGCGCUGGAGCUCCGGACCAAGACCGUGGAGGACGUCAUGACCCCGCUCAACGACUGCUUCAUGAUCCACAGCGACGCCGUGCUGGACUUCAACACCAUGUCCGAGAUCAUGGAGAGCGGCUACACCAGGAUCCCGGUGUACGAGGGCGAGCGCUCCAACAUCAUGGACAUCCUCUACGUCAAAGACCUGGCCUUUGUGGACCCGGACGACUGCACCACCCUGAAGACCAUCACCAAGUUCUACAACCACCCGGUGCACUUUGUCUUCCACGACACCAAGCUGGACUCCAUGCUGGAGGAGUUCAAGAAAGGAAAGUCUCACCUGGCCAUUGUCCAGAAGGUGAACAACGAGGGGGAAGGAGAUCCGUUCUACGAAGUGCUGGGGUUGGUUACCCUUGAAGACGUCAUUGAGGAGAUCAUUAAAUCUGAGAUUCUGGAUGAAUCUGACCUCUACACCGAUAACCGCAGCAGGAAAAAAGUGGCGCCCAAUAAAAACAAGAGAGACUUUUCUGCCUUCAAACACGAGAGCGAGUCCAAGGUGAAGAUCUCCCCUCAGCUGCUGCUGGCUGCUCAUCGCUUCCUGGCUACAGAGGUCAGCGUGUUCCUCCAGAAUCAGAUCUCUGACAAAGUGCUGCUGCGAAUCCUGCGCCACCCCGAUGUGGUCCAGGAGAUCAAGUUCAACGAAAACGACAAGCGGUCGCUCCAUCACUACAUCUACCAGAAGGGCAAACCCGUCGACUACUUCAUCCUCAUCCUGCAGGGUCGGGUGGAGGUGGAGGCCGGAAACGAGAACAUGAAGUUUGAGACGGGACCGUUUUCUUAUUAUGGCGUGAUGGCGCUCAGCGCUCCCACACUGGUGGCUGCUCCUCGCCCUCGCCUCCUCUCCUUUAAGAGGUUUUCUCUGUUCUCUCGGCUGCCAGGUAAAACUAUUUCCUAUGACUCACUGAGGCCCCCUGCUGGACGACUCACACCAACCGAGUUCCGGUCUCCGUCUCACCUCAGCGGGCUGAACCGGACCUCCUCUCUGAGCGGCGCCGAUCGGUCCGAGUGUCUGUCCGUCAGCGGCAGCAACAGUCAGCUGAACAACAGCCUGCCGCUGCAGCAGUACACCCCCGACUUCAACGUCCGGGCGCUCUCAGACCUGCAGUUUGUUAAGAUCACGCGGGCUCAGUACCAGAACGGCCUGAUGGCGUCUCUUUUGGACAGCUCGCCUCAGUCCCCGGAGAACGACCACAACGCCACUCGGCUGGAGCAGACCACUCCCCCCGGCACCCCCGCCAUCACAGACCUGGUGGGAGACUCGGGCCCAGUGGAGAACGGGCCGGACGAGACCACGCUGCUCCUCCUGAACGAGCAGAAGCCGCCGCACGCGGCGAAUCACCACAACCAGCUGGAAAGUAUCUGACCCGGGGGCCGCCACGGCCCUCGCUGCUCCCGCACGUGUGCCCUACGGCGCCCCCAUGUGCGCUAAGGAGGAGGGCGGUGCGUAACGCCCGCCACGGAUGAGCCAAAACAUGGCAAAGAUCAGCUGAUCCGCCGAGCUUUAUUUUGAAAGGGAGCUCAGAUGCAGCAAAGAUCCUCUAUGGUUUUCAGAAAACAUUAACAUCACUCUGAACAUUUCUGUUUCCUGCUUCUGUCGUUAAAACCACAGAUCUGCUGUUUGUUCAGACACAGUUCUAUCUGUCAUUACUCUACGCUACAAAAUGGUUCUAUCCUUCAAAGUUCUGUUUUAUUAAUUCUAUCAGUCAGAAUUCUAUCGUUUAUAAUUCUAUCAUUGACAGUUGAAUAUUUUAUAAUUCUAUCCGUCCUAGUUCUAUCCUUAAUAGUUCUAUCCUUCAUGAUUCUAUCCUUCAUAGUUCUGUCGUUCCAAAUUCUAUAUAAAUAAUUCUAUUAUUCAGAAUUCUAUCCUUCGUGAUUCCAUCCCUCAGAGUUCUAUAUAUUUUGUAGUUCUAUCCCUCCUAGUUCUGUCCUUCAUCAGCUGACAUCAUUUCAUGUUUUGGCUCAUCUCUAUACCCCCCAUGAAGAAUUCUGCACCCCUCACUGUUAACCCCCCCAUAGACCCUCCCUCCAUGUUGCUUCCAUCUCAGAGACUCAGGGACGACCCCCACCCCCCCACCCCUUAUGGUGCACUCCCACCCCGUAAACCAAACCCACGGCACGUGUGUAGCAACCCCCCCCCCCCCCCCUCCUCCA